AAAACGCAAUUGUCAUGCAGCGCAGUGGCUCAAGUCUCAAUAGGCUAGGGGAAUUUAAAAGAAGUAUUUCGCCUAAGCCCCACCCCCUUCCCGAAGGCUUAUCCUGGUCUGGCAUACUAACCAGCAAUACUUGGCACCCACUCAACAACACAACCCCCAACCAUCCCACCCCCCUAGAGAGUCCGUAUCAAAUACCAAACAGAAAACAAAGUCAAUAUCGCAUGCGAGAACUGGCCCGAAGCGAGUUGGAAGAGCUUUUUCUGUGAGAAGCGGGUGGCGGCUGGCACUUUAAAGUUUCAUAUUAUUUUCGACUCUCCCAAUUGGAACUUCGAACCGGUAAUGCAUGUACGAACCGGGCUAAGAUCGUGGUGUGAGCCCGGACAAGUCACGGAGAGUCCGAGCCCGGAGACUGCCUGGAGAGUAUUCGCGACAGUUGAUGAGUGGCUGCCCUACGUGGAGCCUGGCUAUCAUUCGCGCCGUGCACCUCGAAGUGUUCGGUUGUAGUUAAGCGGUUGAUUUCGUCUGUCGUAGUUAGUGGAUUCGUGGGUGACGUUAAUUAGCCUAGAUUUGUGUCUUGCGGCAAUUAACUUGCCGUUGCAUGUGUAGUUUGCGGAUUAUUGAUUAACCAGCGCUAACCACCAACAAUGUCGAAGGACGCGGACGUGGAGCAGGCGACACCCGGCGAGGAGCAACAGGCCGCACCCUCGGUAGAAUCAGCAGCCCCCACCAUGGUGUCCACCGCAACGACGGUGAUCGCAGUGACAAAUGGAGAGGCGCCAGCAGAAGUGUCUCCCGCCGCAGGAACAGAGGCGGCACCAACACCAGCAGCACUACCAAUGGCAGAGCAAGUGAAACCAGCGACAGCAGCAACAACCAUUGCAGGCAUUGAACUGGCCGCCGACAAAGGCAGCAACAAAACCAACAUGGACCCGGCGCUGAUAAAUUUCAAGGUGCUCUAUGUGCUGACGCAGCUGGUGGGCCUGACUAUGAUCGUUCUGGUGGGCACCUGGAUCGGUCAGCACUUUGGGGGCCUGGGCGGCACAUCCAAUCCCAAGUUGGAGUUCAACUGGCAUCCGCUGUUCAUGACGAUCGGCUUCAUCUACCUGUAUGGCAACUCCAUACUCAUCUACCGAGGCUUCCGCACCACGCGCAAGAAGACGCUGAAGCUCACCCACGCCGGCAUCCAUCUGGCCGCCUUCGUUCUCACCGUGAUUGCUCUGAAGACGGUAUUCGAUUCGCACAAUCUGGCUAGUCCGCCCAUCCCAAACAUGUACUCUCUGCACUCGUGGCUGGGUCUGUCGGCGGUGAUCAUUUUCUCGCUUCAGUACGUGGCCGGUUUCGUGGCCUUCUUGGCUCCUGGUCUGCGGGAGAACUACCGGAUCGCAAUGAUGCCGCUGCACAUAUACUUCGGGCUCUUUGGGUUUGGCCUGGCGAUUGCCAGUGCCCUCAUGGGCCUCACCGAAAAGGCUAUCUUUGCCAUCACAAACCCACCUUAUUCUACUCUGCCGCCUGCUGGUCUCCUGGCCAAUGUGAUUGGAGUUCUUUACGUGGUAUUUGGCGCCCUAGUCGUCUACCUGGCCACCGAACCUUCGUAUAAGCGCAAGCCGAUUCCCGAGGACACGGCCCUUCUCACCUCGAGCUCUGCCAACGAGUAAGGAAGUUAUUGGAUCCCCUGCCAGCUGCAGUACUUACUUGGAGGCCAAACUCUGUGCACAAAACCAAUCACAAACCGAAAACCAAACAAAACUGGAACCUGAUCCCAUGGAUGGUGCUUUUUCGAAAGAACGGGGAUACCUGCUGUUGUAUUCGUCGAGAUGAAUGUUUCUUUCUGUAGAAAAUAGAUAAAUUAAUAAUGACUAUGUAUAUUAUGCGUUGUAUAACAUCGAUCUAUCCACAUACGUAUACCUGUAUCGAAAAGGGUGCGAAGCGAGUGCUCAAAUUUAACGUGCUUAACCUCAAGAACUUAUGCUGUAAACUGUACGAACUAUGCUUUAUUGUCUUUUUGUGUUAUAAUAUAUAUUAAAUAAACUCGAAACACUAACAGUCA